UCGGGGAUGGUUUAUUCUGUUGGUGGUCUCAAAAGGUACUCGAGUUAGUGGCAGUGUGACAGCUCCUGGGUGAUCCGUCCGAUUUGUGAUAUAUGGUCUAGUGAAGGAUUCAUAGAAUCAAAGAAUUAAUUAGAUCAUCGAGCGAUUGGAGUGCGAAUGAAAGGAUCAAACGGUCAUUCGAAUGCAGUGAACUGUGAUACCGGUUAAAAGGAUAUUGACGCAGAAGUGAAAACGUACACGAGAACAAGGAGUAGGUGGUUGCUGUUGACAGAGAAAAUCGCAAUAGUGUAUGAAUGAAGUUCGGGAAUGAAAUUCGUGCUACUGAAAACUCAAAUUGUCAUUAAUCUGUAACCUGCGCUGUUGGAAGUGUGGCGAAGGAAUAUUGAAUAUGGACUGUGAACAAUUGAGAGCUAAAGUUUAGUUAUUACAAGAACUGAUUGCUGACAAUCUGAAGUAAGAUUGUAAAGCUGAUCAAUAUUCGAGUUCAGACCACGGAAUAAAUAUUCUCCAAAUUUGACUGUGAUAUAAAGUGCUGUGAACCAACAACUUAAGGCGAAACUAUAAAAUAGUCAACAAACAUCACGCAGAAAUCAUCGCAAGGAUUGUGAUAAUAACCCUACAUCUUAACCCACCGGAUUCACCUGCAUCGAUUUGCUGUUGAUCAACUCUGAGCAAAGAGUAAAAAUGUGGAAGUACAUCAUCAUCUUGUCAGUUUUCGGAAUUUAUCUUCUGAAACAUCGUCAGAUCACUGGGCAAGUGAUCGGCUACGAGCCCGAUGUGGAUUACCCUGCGUACGAGCGAAUUCCUUCUGGACUCUCCUUCCGGUGUUCUGACCGACUGCCGGGAUACUACGCGGACGUUGAAACGCGUUGCCAAAUUUGGCACUGGUGCCUUCCGAAUGGAUACAUGUUCUCGUUCCUAUGUCCAAACGGAACAGUGUUCAAUCAAGCAUUCCGAGUGUGCGACUGGUGGACCAAUGUGAACUGCGGCGAGUCGGAAGGAUUGUACGAUAACAACAACGAACUCUAUCGGGACGUGGAGGGAAACCUGAUAGCCGGAUAGUUCCUACAGAGAGAUGAUCGAUUAUGGUAUAAUUUAUUUUUUGUUAAGUUUUUGUUCUCCGCUUAACUGUACAGAAAAGUUUGUUGAUCAUAUCCUAUUUUAGUCGUAGUAUGAUGACAAAAAAACAUGUUAGAAGCACUAUCCGAUUGUUUUAGAAUCAUAGUAAUAUAUUUUAAAAAUUUACUAUUGAACGA